AGAGAUUAUUUCAUAUCAGUGCAUUAAAUAUGUAAUUUUAAUAAAAAUAGAUUUAACUUUGUAUCAGUAAUAAUUACCUUUUUGUUUACCAGUUAUAGCCUAGAUUUUAUCCAUUAAUAAGUAUUUGUUUCUGUAUCAGAUUUGUGUAAGCAAAUUAAGCAGCAGGAAAUCUGGGUUUUUCCCUAGUUCCCCUUUCCAAACAUUCUUGAGGCUUCCCGAGAUAUCUUGAUGUAUAACCUGACCAUUCCCUAGGCAUCUCCAGUUUGUGGGUCAUGUUCUCUCUGGGAGGUGGAAAGGGAAGACAUUUGGAUUCUGGAGCCCAGUGUCCAGGUUUGAAUCCCCUGCUCUGCCACUUAUUAGCAGUGUGACUUGAGUAAAUUAACUCUUGGUACUGAUUCAGUUUCUUCAUCUGUAGAUGCAUUGAAUAUUCCCUUUCUUGUAUAGUCGUAUUGAGAACUAAAUGAGUGAAAAGUGCCUGACACACAGGAAGCACUGUAAAUGUUAGCCAGUUUUAUUAUAUUAUUGAUCACUCAGCUGUCUGCUGCCCAAGCUGUGGCCAGUCUCCAGACAGCUAACUCCACACUCUCAUCACUGACCUCCUUAGACUUUGGCCUCUGGCUAGUGAGGAAACUUCAUUCUCUUCUUCAGAAACUGAUCUUUUAAAGUAGGUUCUCCCAGCUGGCCAGUGAUGCCCUUUAUACCACAGCUGCCUUCUUAAGGCACUGGGUCUGUCUACACAGUCGGGGUGAAGCAGAGCCUCCAGUCUGCCUGGAACUCUGGCACUCUUGAAUCCCUUGCUGCUCACACUAGACUUCCUGCCACAAUUCUUAUGCAUGUUUUUCCUCAUGCGUGACUUUUCCCAAGACCAGUGGUCCCAUUCUGUAUUGUUCCUUCAGGAGCCUCCAUGCUUGUAUGUGUCUGAAACCAGUUAAUAUCAGGGGUUAGGCUCUUUCCAUUAGGUUCCCGGGCCCCAUGUAAAUCAGGGGAUGUGGCUUGAUAUCUAUUUUAAGGGCUCCUGCACAUACUGUGACUGAUCAUGUUUCCCAAACAUACUGUAUGAUAGUUAGAGGGCCAGUGUCCCCUGAGCUCACAGGGAUCCCUACAGAGCACUGACAGCUCUAGCCCGGCCAGGACAGCAAUAUGGACAGUUACAGCUAACACUUGAAUAGCAGUUUCCAUUACAAGGUGCUUUUCACAUAACUUAACUCCUGCAGCUCUGAGGAAGGGGCAGUAUGACUAGAAGCACAGCCACAUAGAUAAAAAAAAGCCUUCCUUUUGCUUCUGUGUUACUCAUACCAAGCUACCUUCUUAGAUGAAAAAAGACCAUAUUUUGCAGUUUUAGUGAGGGGAUUUAAUGUUAGCUAAGUUUGGGGUGAAAUUAACAGUAUUAAAAACUAUUAAGUAAUCUCAUUUAAAUUUAGGCCUCCUUGUACUCUGUAGGUUUGUGUGAACUGUAGCUAAUUUUGUAAAAAAAAAAAAAAAAAUUGUCCUUUUUCUCAGAGCCACAAUGGACACAGCUAGCCAUAGCCUUGUCCUUCUGCAGCAGCUGAACAUGCAGCGAGAAUUUGGUUUUCUGUGUGAUUGCACAGUUGCCAUUGGAGAUGUUUACUUCAAAGCCCACAGAGCAGUGCUUGCUGCUUUUUCUAACUAUUUCAAGAUGAUAUUUAUUCACCAAACAAGUGAAUGCAUAAAAAUACAACCAACUGACAUCCAGCCUGACAUAUUCAGCUAUUUGUUGCACAUUAUGUACACGGGGAAAGGGCCAAAACAGAUUGUGGAUCACAGUCGUUUGGAGGAAGGGAUUCGAUUUCUUCACGCCGACUACCUUUCUCACAUUGCGACUGAAAUGAAUCAAGCGUUCUCACCAGAGACUGUGCAGUCUUCAAAUUUGUAUGGCAUUCAGAUCUCAACGACCCAAAAAACAGCUGUCAAGCCCGGGCUGGAGGUCAAGGAAGCUCCUGCCAGUAACAAUGGCAACAGAGCUGCUGUCCAGGGUGACCACCGCCAGCUGCAGCUCUCUCUGGCCAUCGGGCUGGAUGACGGCACCACAGAGCAGCAGAGGACCCGUCCUGCUGCCCAGGCCUUGGAGGGGCGCCAGGAGCCCCCAGUGUCCAUCAAGCAGGAGACAUGUGACCCAGAGUCUGCCCAGAGCCACCCCUCACCCUCAUCCGAGGCGACAGGCCCCACUUUCACGGAAAGCAGCAUCAAAACACACUUGUGCCAUUACUGUGGGGAACGUUUUGAUUCCCGUAGUAACCUACGGCAACAUCUCCAUACCCAUGUGUCUGGAUCCCUCCCAUUCGGUGUCCCUGCUUCCAUUCUGGAAAGCAAUGACCUUGGUGAAGUACAUCCACUUAAUGAAAAUAGUGAGGCCCUUGAAUGCCGCAGGCUCAGCUCCUUCAUUGUCACGGAGAAUGAGCAGCAGCGUGACCACUCAAACCAGGGUGCCACAGAGCCUCUGCAGAUCAGUCAAGUGGCUUUAAUCUCCAAAGACACAGAGCCAGUAGAAUUAAACUGUAAUUUUUCUUUCUCAAGGAAAAGAAAAAUCAGCUGUUCCAUCUGUGGUCAUAAAUUUCUCCGAAAGAGCCAAUUGCUAGAACACAUGUAUACACACAAAGGUAAAUCUUACAGAUAUAACCGAUGCCAAAGGUUCGGCAAUGCGUUAGCCCAGAGAUUUCAGCCAUAUUGUGACAGUUGGUCUGAUGUCCCCCUGAAAAGUUCUCGCUUGUCACAAGAGCAGUUAGAUUCACCUUGUGCCUUAGAGUCAGAGCUCACACAAGAAAAUGCAGACUCUAUCCUUGUGGAGUAGCAGUUUCUCCUUCAUGAUUUUUAUACCCAUGCUGAAAAAGAAAAUUCACAUGAAUUUGUAUUCAUAAAUUAUUUUCCUCCUCCACUUCUAUUAACUCUUUUUCUUUACCAUUGAUUCACAGUUUUAAGGUUGUAUAUAUGAGGUCUUCUUAUUGUAAGAUAUAUUAUACAUAUGGCUAUUAAAAUGUAACCUUCAAGUAGAGCUAUGAACAUGCAUAAAUCACAAUUUAGAAAUCAGAAAUCAAUGUAGGAACUAUGGAGUUUAGAGUAAAUAUUUAUAGAAUUUCUAAGUUGUAGAAUCAGUAAAACCAAAUUGAAGUAAAUGAAAUAUUUUUUAAAGAACAUUCUAGGCUAUCACUUUUGGCUAAUUUUUCACACGAAUAUGCGCCUAUGAAGACUAUUUAAAAAUAUUUUCUGCCAUAUAGGAAGUUAAAGUUAUUCUACUGCAUAACUAUAUGUUUUAAUCUAUGUAAGUUUUGUUUUAGGACAUAGCUAUAAUAAAUCAUAAGUAGUUUUAAAACCACUUUUUACUUAUUAGCUCUGCAGCACCUUACUUGGCUUUUAUUUUUUGACAUUGAGCAUAUCUUAUUUUUAAUAAAAAAUAUUCUAGUGAAAAUAGAGAAAGGGAGAAGAUUCAGACAUUAAAACAAAAUCCUAUGGAGAGACAUAGGAAGAUACAUACAGACAGAUAAACGUAGAGACAGACUCAGAUAGAGCUACACUGACCAACACCCAACACCAGUGUUGUUACCUUCACCUAGAGCAUUUUCUUAAAGACCAUAAGAACAAUUUGAGAUUUUUUUUAUGACCAGAGGUUUACAUCAGUUUUUAAAGAGGAAAAUGAUAAAAUAGAAAUUAUCUUUCUACUCUCCGUGUCAGAGGAUUUUCUAGGCUGCCCGAGUUGAUGUGGAUUUUCUAAGUGUCACUUGACAAAGUAAUUCUUCAAUGACACAGUUUUCAUUUUUUUUCUGAUCCAUAUCCAGAGUAGAUACAGUCAAUGCCCUAAAACUAUGUCUAAAAUCCAUGAUAGCUUUCCCUUUGUGAAUAAACUUAGCUCCCUUUUAUAGCAGUGAAACUUACAAAGCUAUAACAUCAGAAAAAUUAAAACUGAUGGACUAAAUGAUAGAUUCUCCUUCUUUCUGUAGCUGGGGGAUAGCUGGUCAAACUUCACCACAAAGGAUAGACCUAAAUUGUUUCUGAAAUGUUUAAAUUUCAAAAAUUAGUCCAGAAUGACAAAAGAGGGAGGCUUUGAAACAACCCCAUCUUUUUUGUAUGCUGCCCUGUCCAAAGCCUCACAGACAUGUUAGUAGAUCUGGUUUGUGAGGCUUAGAAAUUAAGUGUAUACAGAAACCCUGAGCUCCUUUAUGAUGGCAUCCUUCUGAGGACAUCUCCUGACAGUGUCAGGGUUCAGUCAGAAGGGAGCUCAAAGACUAAUCUAGCUCAUUCUGAGGGCACAAAAGGUUUUCUGUGGGUAAACAGUGAGGUAGGUGAAUUUGAAAUCAGUUUUUCUUGAAGGCUGAAUGAAGAAACCACUGGGCAUUGUCUAAGGCAGUUGAGUUUCCAUCUCAGACAAAUGACUAAAGCUUCCUGGGGUCAAGAUUGAAAUGUGUUGAGAAUGAAAUCUAACUAGCUAUUGAUAUAGGAUCAAUUGUAUUGGGAGUGGUUAAAAACAAAUGUGUUGCUCUUUGGGGUCAGAACUUCAUCUAGUCUUAAGUCAUUCAAGCAGUUAUUCAAAUUUACCCUCAAAGAUGUCUUCUCAUAGGAUGAACACAAAUAUUAACAUUGACUUCAUAUUUUAGGCUAUUCAGGAUAUAUUCCCUAGCCUUCUUCAAGUAAAAGUUUAUUUUUCUCAUUAGGAUAACAGUUUUUUUAUUUCUUUCUUCUCUGUUCUUUCCUUCCUGCCCAGUCGUUAGUCCUUGACACAAGAAAUGUGUAGCUAAAGGGUGGAUUGAGGGUGCAUAUGAGUUGAGGGGUAGGGCAGCAGUGCAGGGCAGAGUCUGAAGAAAUUGUUAAGAGUUUGCUGUGACUGAUUAGCCAUGGCAGACAACAUUAAUUUAAAGCUGAAAUAUAUCUCCAUUUGUUGGGUGUUAAGAAUGUAAUGGUUAACUGUAUUUUUAUUCUCAUUCAUAUAGUUCCUUUUGAUAUUAGAAGUUCAAAGCAAAUGUUCUUUCUUUAGUCUUUUUUUUUUUUUAAGAUUUUAUUUCUUUGAGGGGC